GCAGGAGAGGAGAGAGAGGUUCUGCAGAGAUCUCAUCUGUGCUCCUAGGAUGAGAGAGGGUUGAGGAGGUGGAUGGAUGUGGGCUGAUCUGGGGGACGGGGCUGAUAUACGAGGAGAUGUUCUAUAUUUGACACCCAGCGGAUGAAAAACAAUCCUCCGCUUUCCCUUAAAGGUGAAGCGGUUUUAAUUCGGGAGCCUUUGACCGAGAGACCUUAGAGCUAAGCAUCCACCGGUCAGGACGUGGCGCUCAGAGAGAAUCACACAGGGAUGGAUUCUAAAGUUGAACUUUUCCAGUGAAUCGACGCAGACGCCAUCGUGGUUCAGAAGAGGAUGUGUGGAUUAUUGAAGAAGGAGUCGGAGAGUGAGGAGACCAGAGGAUCGUCCUGAUCCCAGGACGCUCUGAGGCGCAAAGCGGGCGGUCCUCACCCCAGGUCUCCGAGGUGACGGAGGAGACAUGCGGCUCCCGGGUUCCCGGCCCUCCCAGCAUGACGACUCGUUGGCCAAUAAGAAGAGAGCGCUGCUGCUCCUGUGCUAGCGGGCUGAGCUCCAUGCUGCUCUGGACUCUACUGCUCUUCUCCUCCUCCGCCUCCUCCUCCUCCUCCUCCUCCUCCUCCUCCUCCUCCUCCUCCUCUCGGGUGGGGGUGCUGGGUGGAGGCCAGCUGGACUGGCUGCUGUCGGAGCGAGGGCCGUUCCACCGCUGCCCCGAGUACACUGAGUUCAGAGACAGGUUCCUGCAGAGCUUCUCCACCCGAUACAAAAUCUACAGGGAGUUCAGCCACUGGAAGGUGAGCAGCUUGGUGACAGAGAAAAGAGAUUCACCGCGAGCUCCGUUGCCGCUAGCGCCUGAGUUCCUACGCAACCUGCGGUUGCUAGGGCGACGACCCACCCUGCAACAAAUCAACGAGAACCUCAUCAAAAAGUACGGGACCCACUUCCUGGUCUCUGCAACCCUGGGAGGGGAAGAGUCUCUCACCAUCUUCCUGGACAAACAGAAGCUGAACAGGAAGUCGGACUCUGGCUCUGGGAACAGCUCUGUGGUUUCUCUGGAGCUGCUGCACCAGCUGGCCGCUUCAUACUUCACUGAUCGAGAGAUCACUCUGAGGAGGCUGCACCACCUGCAGAUAGCUACAUCAGCUAUAAAGGUAACGGAGACGAGGACCGGGCCGUUGGGAUGCAGUAACUAUGACAGUCUGGACUCUGUGAGCUCCGUCCUGGUGCACAGCCCCGAGAACAAGAUCCACCUGCAAGGUCUGCAGGCCGUGCUCCCGGGGUUUCUGCGCGGUCGCUUCGUGGAGGCGGCCCUCAGCUAUGUGGCCUGCAGCUCGGAGGGAGAGCUUCUCUGUCACAACAAUGACUGCUGGUGUCGCUGCUCCGCACACUUCCCAGCAUGCAACUGUCCAUUCGCUGACAUCCGAGUCAUGGAGGAGAACCUGAAGAAGAGCAACGACGCCUGGAGCGAAUUCAAAAAACACUUCAUGGAGUCAGAUGAGUUCAAGUCCUUCCUGCGGCGCCUCCCCACGCACCACUUCCUGAAUGUGUCCCAGAUCGCUGAGUCCUGGACCGGCGACCUCCAGCUGCAGAAGCGCUUCGCCCAGCUGGAGGCCAGCAGCGCUCUGAUCCUUGGGAAAGCCCGCAAGACGGUCCGCAAGCUGUUUACCCUGAGCAGGAGGUGUCCCCGGCGGCCCCGCAUCCACCUGCCCAGGGAGAGGGGGCUCUCCUCCUGGUGGUCCGGGGUCCAGUCUCUGCUCUACUGCAGCGAGCGCGGCGCCCUGGGCUCCUUCUCCGAGGAGGGGCGGAGCUGCAGCUGUCCUGCGGAGCAGCCCUCCUGCCAGGGGUCCGUGCCCUGUGUGGUGGGCUCCUCCCCCAGCUCCUGCUCCGCCUGCGCUCCUGACAACACCACCCGCUGUGGAGCCUGUCACCACAGCAACUUCCUCCAUUUUGGAUCCUGCCGGCCGAGCGUCGCAGCGUCUCUGGACCGCUACCUGAACUUUGACCUGGACAUGGCCGACAGCGAGGUGAAAUAUCUGCUACAGCGUCUGGACAGCAGAGUGGAGGUCCACGCCAUCUACAUCAGCAACGAUGUUCGCUUGGGCAGUUGGUUCAAUCCUGCUUGGAGGAAGAGGAUGUUGUUGACACUGAAGAGCAACAAGAACAAGUCCAACCUCAUCCACAUGCUGAUGGGAAUCUCCUUCCAGAUCUGCUCCACUAAGAACUCCACCUUAGAGCCGGUUCCCGCCAUCUACGUCAAUCCGUUUGGAGGGAGCCACUCUGAGAGCUGGUUCAUGCCGGUUCAUCAGCCAGUGUUCCCUGACUGGGAGAGGACUCGACUAGACCCCCCCAUGACCACAGCCCUGUGUUACAACUGGACUCUGACGCUGGGCAACAAGUGGAAGUCUUUUUUUGAAACGGUGCACAUUUACCUGCGAAGCCGUAUCGUAACGGACGACCCUGUGGUCAACGAAACACUGUUCUAUGAGCCGCUGGACGGGGAAGACCAGACGUCAAACAUGGGCUCCAUGAAGAUCAACAGCUUGAAGGUGUUUGGAUACAGCAUGCCCUUUGACCCUGAGGGCAUGAAGGAUCUCAUCCUGCAGCUGGACUACCCGUACACACAAGGCACUCAGGAGGCAGCGUUCAUGAUGCUUCUGGAGAUGAGAGACAGGGUCAACCGUCUGUCUCCUCCCGCCCCCCGGCCCCUGGACCUGUUCAGCUGCCUUCUGCGCCAUCGCCUAAAGCUGCCGGCCGGCGAGGUGGAGCGCAUCAGAGCCUCCUUGACGUUGUUCCACUCCAAGCUCCCCAACAGCCCACCAGAACCGGAGCUAGCACAGCUAUGUAGCUAGCUAGAUCCAGCUAGCAUAACUCGCUAGCAGAACUCAGCUAGCUAAACUCUGUGAACCUGAUUCAGCCAGCUAAACUCAGCUAGCUGAACCAAGCUAGCUAAACUCAGCUAACUUGACUCAGCUAGAAUAUCUCAACUAGCUACACUUAGCCAGCCUGACACAGCAAGCUAACUCAGACAGCCUGACUCAGCUAGCUAAUCCAACUAGCUAAACUCAGAAGGGUUUAGGAUCAUCGGGAAGGAGCCGAACCAAACGGAUACCUGAGAUUCAGAACAACAAACAAUUGAAGCUUUGAAAGCCAACUUUCUGAUACUACUUAUUUUUUCUCAGUGUUUUCAAACAGCAUGCCUGAGAAGAGUUUCUGUUGCCCUGCAGUGAGACUUAAAGCCUCUGGAGUUCCUCUGGUGAACGUACCAAACGCUGGACCGCAGUGAACACACUGAGAAUCAAAUAUAAUGGAACAUGGAUGGUCCUUUUCCAAAUGCUUUGCUUACGAAACUCCAGCCAUUAGGAACCCAUGGUGGUGAAGGUGGCUCCACCCACCUGCUGAUUGUCUUUGAGGGUUUUAUUUAUUCUGUCCUCCAUUUUAAAUGGCCUUUGAGGCCAGUGCUGAUGCGUUACAAGUUCAGCACAAGCAAAAAAUGAAUAUGUCUUAAAUGUCGCUCUUCUUUCAUCUCAAAGGAACAGUAUGAUGGUAAAUUGGCGUCAAUGCUGUAAAUAUGGCUCACUUUAGUCUGAGGUGUAAAGAAGGCACAUUGCUUUUAAGAUAAAUGCAAAGACAAACAAACAACAAACACAAAAGUCUUAUAUGGAACGCUAACGUAAGGAAGCACAUCACGUUUCUGUGUUGGAUUUUUCAGGAAAGGCUAUAUUGCUUUUAUAUUUCACAUUUUUACUGAGACAACAAAUGUGGAAGAACAUGUGAUGAAGCUCAUGUUUGGUUUGAUGUUGUGGGAUCCUGCUCAUCGCUGCCAUCUUCUCAGAAGCUCUCAGAAGGAGAAGGAUGUCUUGUUGAUGUUAAUCUCAAGGCCCGCGAGGGUUCAGAUCCUUCAGAGGAGACCACCAGCGGGGUUAGAUGAUCUCAACCCUUGACAACGAAGGCCUUCAUGAAGAAACACAGUGGCAUAUAUAGUGGUGUUCCUUUGUACAUUGUCAAACUUAAAGGCAUGAGACAUCAUGUUGUCAUAUCGUUUGGAUGUUUUCAGAUGCUGUGACCCGUCAGCUACUAAGGUUCUACAAAUAUCAUCCUGUGAUGCUGAGAAGUGUUUUAAACAUACCCUUCAAAUGCUCUGCUUCGGCCAGACCAAACACAUCCACUUUCUCUCAUCCCUCCUCCCUCAUCCUGACCCUUACCCUAACCUUAACCCUUACCACACAUCCACUUACCCCUCAUCUUAACCCUUACUCUUACCCUUACCCCUCAUCCUAACCCUUACCCUUACCCCUCAUCCCUCAACAUGUUAAUGCAGACGCUAAGAACUCCUAGAGAACACCAGGGUUCUUCUGAAGAUGAAAAGGCUCCAGAACCAGACGUACACACGUUGUACCAGAGAGAGAGCGAGAGAGAGAGCGAGAGAGAGAGAGAGAGAGAGAGAGAGAGAGAGGGAGAGGGAGAGGGAGAGGGGGUGAGGGGAGGGGGAGAGAGAGAGAGGGAGGGAGGGAGAGAGAGCAGGAUGGACUACAAUGAGCCAAGGUGAGAGAAGCUGGACUUCUGGUUCUCAAAUGAUUUAUCGUGUUUAGAAAUGCAGGCGGUUGUCAUAAUGAGAUUGGGUUGGUCAGAGUGAGUGUGUUAGUGUGGAUGAGUGUGAGUGUGAGCGUAAGUGUGAGUUUGAGUGUGAGUGUGUAGUGAGAGUUUGUGUGUCUUCGUUGAAUUUUCCUCAUCAGGAGAAAACCAGGGGGGAAGCAGUAGGGGUGAGGGUGAGGCAGUAGAGGUGAGGCAGUAGAGGUGAGGCAGUAGGGGUGAGUGGUGAAGGGGUGAGGCAGCAGGGGUGAGUGGUG